GAGGGGAACACUGACUGGUCCUCCAGUAAUGAAUAUUCAGUUUGAUUGGUCAACUCUACCAGAGGUCAAAUCGUCUUUAGUUGUUACACUACAGUGAUCUGCCUAAUGUGAACUGCUGUUGGGACAUAGAUGGUUUAAUGACUCCCUACUGGGUGCAUCGAAUAGUACAGACUGACUUGGAAGCGGAGCACUGUGCAGUUAUAAUGUGUUCGUGUCCAUCUUGAAUGAGGAUGGACAUUGUGCCAGAUGUAGAAGCUGAAGAUAACGUACAGGGCUGAUGAGCCUGCUUGAAACGGAUACACGAGUAUAUACUGUUUAAACAUUUGCCAUCCACAGAUCAAUGUCUGCUUGUUAAGGAAUCGUUCUUUAUGGAAGGACAGCAUUGACAGAAUUCAUAAACAAUGGCUUAGUAUCCUGCUCUGAAACAAAGCAAGAUUUUAGUGUGUGUGUGAGUUUAAACAUUUACUUGCACUAGGUAAGUGACUGGCAUUGCUUAAACUUGCUCAAUAGUUGAAGGGAGAAUCGAUUAAAACGCCUCUGCUGGAUAUUAUAUCGCAUCUUACUGCCAAACCUUCUCAGCAGGAAGGAGAAAGGUAGGAUAUUUAUGUGAUGGAAUUCUGAAGAUGUUUACAGUUGUUCACAGUGAAUCAAGAAACAUAAGAAUUGUCAGAUAAGAUACAAGGUUUCUCGAAUCAGCAAUUAUGUGUUCCUGUGAGACAUUGGCGCCAUCCAAGACAUGCUAAUGUUGUAAAGGGGAAUAUUGGCUAUGACUGCUGAGGUCCUAUCAGGGUUUGAUGGGGACUGAUAACGAGCUGCCAGGAAAGCAUUGUAGGUUGCUGGGACUGAUUGCUGUAGAGGCAUCCACUUUCUGAUGUAAACAAAGUCUGAGGCACUGUGACAUUUGAAGACCGAUCAGAAUCCUGGAUCUACUUGCAUAGUUGGUUGUUGAAACUGGAUUAUAAGUCAUCGUUGGAUUGAUCAGUCAACAAUCUUGAAGGAUUUCAUUCAGUUUUAUUUGACCUGAGCUGCAUUAUUUGGGAUUUGUCUUGGGAUUAAUCUUCAAGACGUCUGUGCCACGGAUAGAUUUGUUCUUGCGGGAAAUCCCUGCUCAAGGGUAAAGUUGGGAUCCUUGGAAGUCAGAUCUUUAUCAAUUUGCUACCAAGCAUAAUCAGACAUUGCCUUUUGUCUUUUAUUGAUCGAACACAAGACUGUCAAUAUCGGAAAUCAGCAACAGCCAUUUUGUUAUCUGUCAUUAGUAUUCAGAGUCUUUUUGUCCUUUAGGAAAGUUGGAGUUUAAUAGCUUACAAGCUGAGCAAGUAAUGCAAACAUUUAGCUGUAAAAGGAAAUAUUGAUAAAACCAUAAUUGUUUCAGCUGUUUGCCCAGACCAUUAACUUUUUUCAUCGUGUGCAAUGUUCCAUACUAAAUUUCUGGAAUGUUAGGGUAUAUGGCCCUAAACACCAGCUAAUGGCUUUAUCAAUAUCUAAUACGAGGGAACAUUGUUAGUUUUCCGCUGCUGAGCUAUCAUCGAAAUCUGAGGUUUUACAAGUGCAAGCUCCCGUUGUAAUUACCUUCUGUGAUAAUAGUUUUAACCAUUUCACUGCUGCAGUCUCCAGAGACCGUCUUACCCUCAGCAGCUUUAUUUCAAAGUUCGGACUUGUACCUCGAAAUCCUGGAGGAUUAUUUGCAGUCUGUUUCUGUCAAUGAAGAUUUGUUUCUGACUGAUAGUAUUGGCUGGGAGGUAUUUUAAGAUUCUGGUGUGUGGUGUUGUACCCUGAUCAUGUUGAUGAAUUUGAAAAAGUAAGGUGAUGACUUACCUGUAGUUUGAAAUCCUUUGUAAUAAAUUACUUCAAACGGUCAGUCAUAUUUUCCCUUUGGUGACAAGAAGGAGAAUAGGUGCCAUUUCUGCUUUGAGAUCAAGGUUGGUAAAUCUCGUACAGUGACACAGACACUGAUUCCACCUGGCUCAUCACCUCAAAUCAAGAAAGUGUUCUCCACAGGAUGCAAACGUGUGAUAGACAUUAAGUGCUACCAGACGGCACUUAAUCAGAAAUCAUAUACAGAUCUAUCAUCUCUGACUCAACUAGCUGCAGCAUAGAUUUUUGAUGAAAGGAUUUCUGUUGAUAAUUUGUGACAAAUAAUUUGUUGGAAGGUCGUUUGCUAAUGUAAUGUUUUGCUACAUGGAGAAGGAAGAGGAGUGACAAUGGCCCUCAGUUCGUGUGUAUGUAUGUAAAUAGUGUUUCUCGUAAUGGAAAUUGAUUCUGCAUAAGUAUACGCACAUUAAUUCCACGAGAACAAUUACUGCUGAGCAUUGAACAGGUGGUCCAUAUUGACUGAUAGAUGAGCUGUUUGCAGCUAUGAACAGUCACAGACGUAUCUGCCACCUCCAUAAUGCUCCAGCUAAAAACUUAACCCACUGUGACUGUGGACGAUUGUGGAUUGAUUGAAAACUGCCAACUGGGAGUUUUCACACCAGAAUUGAUUCGCAAUUCCACUUUGUAAUGGCGGGAAUGCAGUAACCGACUUGCAGAGUUGGAUCCCAUGACAGGGCUGGUGGUGUGAAUUGGUAACAAGUGUCGGAGCAGGCGGACACUACUCCACUGCUCUGUAGAGAGUAGAUGUGACAUUGGGGUCGUUUCUACCACGUCCAUGUUAAGUAGAGCGAGGCUUGGAGCCAGUCUCGUUCAGUAUGUGAUGGUGCUGAUGUUUAAGCAUUGUUGAGGCAUCAGAUCCAGUGGCAGAAACACUUAGAUUAGAUUCAGUUGAUCCUGAAAGCUUGUGCAUCCUAUGAAGACUGAAUAUCACCAUUUUAAAUUCGAUAUCAGGAUAAAAUAUCCAUGUUUGUGUGCAAGGUGGAUAUUGUGUGCUACUGUCGAUAUUUGAUUCAUGGAUAUGUCCCACUAUACAAAAUAGCAUUGGUGUUACACACUGUGAAGUCAGUUAUCAGAAUAUAUUCCUGUUGGAUUGGAAGCCAGUUUAACACUGGAUAUUGUGUGAAACAUUUCACCAGGUUGUGAUCUAAGAGAGAUUGCACUGCUUGAACUGAAUAGCUGUCCGACUCCAAAAGGUCAAAUUGUAAUUUUGUGAAUACGAAAACACUACUUCAACCAAGCAGCUGGAUAUAUGCUAACUGUGUUGAUUCCUUGAAUCCUGUUUACAACUGAUACCAUCAAAGUCUCCCUUGCUUUAAAGUGGAAGUGGAUCUACCCCAGUUUGUCUGCUUGAGUUGUGUGUUCUCAAGAUGUGUUGAGGAGCAGGAUCUGUUGCACACAGAUACCCUGAAACUCGAGCCCUUCGUUGUGGGGAUAGAUCUACCUUGUGUGUGUCUCUCCAACUUGUGUUGUAUCUGCUGUUGAUACCCACCACCAUUAAUGUAGAGUAGGGAAGUGCAGCGCCUCAAUGGUCUGGAAGGUGGCGGAGAAGUUAUGGCAGCUCGCCUCUCAGGACCAGAAACCACCAGCAACUAUAGGCAUGUGUUCAGACAUCGAUGAGGCAGACGUCCUUUCACUCCAUGAGGAGUGUGAGGAGUGCGAGAGUGAGCGUCCACUCCUCUGUGAUGUUGACGUUGACGUUGAUGACUGUGACAGCAAGCGUCCUCUCCUCCUCAAGCCCAGUAACUCUUGUCGACAUCAGCGUCGCGCCAGUCACAGGGGUGUUCGUCGGUCAAGCCUAGCCUCAACAUGGAGUCGCGACUCAGGGUUGUCGCACCGGCGGUUGAAGCCGAUAUCGUCGUUGAGCAUCAACGACAUGGCCUGCGAGGCCAAGGUGCAGCCCCUCCCCAGCCCCGGCCUGCUCAGCACCCACUCCAUGUGGUCCACCAGCGACCUCUUCAGUCGACCAGCCAGCAGGCAACAGGACCCCGAAGUCGUCUCCAACCUGACUAACUCCAACAGCCUGUCGAAUGUCAGCAGCACGCUCAGUGAGCGUAUGCAUGAACUGGUGCGGGCGUUCUCAAGCCGGACCCAGCGCACCAAGGAGAGGACAACGCAGCCUCCCUCCCCCUCCUCCGUGUCCAGUCAAGAUGCCAAGUCAGCAGUAUCAGGUUUGGACGGGGACGAAACUCCUGCCCCAAGGAACAUCCGUCUGGGGUCGUUCAUACCGAUGGGGUCGAGGACAAGCGAGGUGUUCUCCGAGGCUAGUGAGACCAACAAGGAAAUGCUUGUGGGGGUAUGGCAGUGUCGCUUCAGAAUGCCCAAGUGCCUGCGCAAGAUCAGAUUCCCCAACACCAUUGAGGCUCAGAGUAAACUGUACGUGGGCUGGCUGUUCCUUGUCAUGCUGGCCUACAUGUACAACGCCUGGGUGAUCCCCCUCCGUGGCUUCUUCCCCUACCAGACCUCAGACAAUGUGUGGUACUGGCUAAUCUGUGACUACACCUUUGACUUGGUCUACAUCCUUGACAUCGUCAUCUUCAAAGUCAGGAUCAGAUUCGUUAAUGACGGCAUAAUUGAGUGUGACAGAAAGCUGACAAAGAAACAUUAUAUGAAGAAACUUAUGUUUAAGCUGGACGUCUGUUCCCUGCUUCCACUUGACUUGCUAUACCUUGUACCUGGAAUAGGUGUCAAUGCCUGGCUCCGUAUACCCAGACUGCUGAAGGUGCAGACAUUUUGGGAGUUCUACGAGCGGUGCGACCAGGCGGCCAACGCUUCAGCUCAUGCAAUCAGGAUCAUCAAGACCAUGACGUACAUGUUGUUCCUGAUUCACAUUGAGACGUGCGGCUACUAUGCUGUGUCGGUGUACGAGGGCAUCAACUCGAACCAGUGGGUCUACAAUGGAACUGGCAACGCGUACAUCCGCUGCUUCUAUCUGGCCACGAAGACUGCCACCUCCAUCGGCAACAACCCCAAACCCCAGAACCAGCUGGAGUAUCUCUUCAUGACACUCUACUGGCUGUCAGGGGUCUUUGUGUUUGCACUUCUCAUUGGUCAGAUCCGAGACAUCGUGGAGGCGGCAGGGCAGGUAAAGUCCAACUACCGCAAGAGGAUGGACCAGACGAUCCGCUACAUGGAGUCUAUCAACAUCCCCAAGGAGAUGCAGGAGCGGGUUCGCCAGUGGUUCCUCUACAAUUGGGAGCAGCACAAGACCAUAGAUGAGCGGUUUCUGCUGGAGACGCUGCCACGGAAGCUGCAGACUGACCUUGCCAUCAACGUCCACUUCAACACCCUGAGCAAGGUGCAGCUGUUCCAGGACUGUGACAAGAACCUCCUGUACGACCUGGUCCUCAAACUCAAGCCCAGCCUCUUCCUGCCCCAGGACUAUAUCUGCUACAAGGGUGAGGUGGGGAAGGAGAUGUACAUCGUGAGUCACGGCCAGGUGGAGGUGGUGGGUGGGGAGGAUGGAGAGACAGUGCUGGCCACACUACAUGAGGGCAGUGUCUUUGGGGAAAUCAGCUUACUGGCCAUGUCAGGAGGUAACCGCCGCACGGCUAACGUACGCAGCAAGGGCUACACCAAUGUCUUCACUCUGUCUAAGGCCGACUUUGAGGAAGCCAUGAGAGAAUACCCUGAGGCCCAGAAGCUGCUCCGGAAGAGGGCAAAGAAGCUGCUGAAGGAGAAUGCAAGGCUGGAGAAGAAGAGUGUGAAGGUGGAGGUUGAGGAGAUCAUCAAGACGCCAUCCGAGACACCCAAGUUUGUCAAGACCGUCAUCAAGGUAAUGGACCCCGAAUCUAACUUGGUGAAGCACCUCGACCCAUCCCUGAAGAUGUCCUCCAGCUCAAGGUCGGCUCUGAGUAGGGCCAGCAGCAGGGCGAGUUCAGGGAGGUCAUCCAGAUCAUCCGUGUCCUCUGUGUCCUCCCAGAGCAAGGUCCCAGAGAGAAAGCCCAGCAAGAAGGGGCAAGCAGCCUUCAUCUUCGGCUCUGAGGUGUCGCUGUCGGACAUCCCCAACGAUGCCCGUGUGGAGUAUGAUGUGGAGGAUGACCAGAUGCUAGUGGUGGAGAGGGUGGAGCAUGAGCUGUUGCCGGAGUCAAUGCCGCCGCCGCACAAGGAGACUCCCGUCAUCGAAGACAAACGCACACAGAUCCUCAAGGAUGACCUUGACAAAACCAACAACAGUGUGGAGAGCCAAGAUUCCGGCAUCCCAAGCAUGAAGCGUAGUGCAAGUCAGAGCACAGACAAGUCUCUCAGCAACCAGGACAGCAAGGAUUCCUUCAACACCAGCGACCUGAUGGACGUCAUCAACGAGGAGAAGCAGAAGGGGGACAGUGGCGACAGCUCCACUGUGGAUCCUCCCCCGGAGCCUCGGCAGAGUCCCAGUGGAGCCAGCUCUGCGUCAGAAGCUGAAGAUGCAGAGCGCCGGAGUGUGGGCUCACCGGUUGACCAGAUCACGACAGAAGAAAAACCUACUGAAAACGGAACUCGCCGAAAGGUGUCUUCGGAAAGCAAGGACGAGAAAUCGGUUAUCACAGAUGGAACACGGAGAAAGAUUUCAGCUGAGAGCAAAGAGAAGGUUGUUAUGGAGGAUGGAACACGUCGGAAAGUGUCCACAGGAAGCAGGCAUGGAGCUCAGACUCCAGAUGCUAACGGGGCCCAGUCCCCACGAUGUGUGACGCCACAUACAAGGGGAGACAAGUCAGUGACUGAGGGAGAGAAACAUGAGAUUCCUUUGGAGAAUAAAGUGACCUGUGCUGUGGAGAUCCAUCGAGAGAAGACACGGACACCCUCAUCAAUAUUUUCUCUCGAACACCAAGAACGUCCAGGAUCAAAUGCAUUUUAUCGGCAGAACAGUAAUGUGUCAUACGAAACGGAAUUAUAAGACAAAUAUUACUGUGAACGUGACUACAGCUUGUGUAAGCAGACACUAGUGACUGUGUCACUGCAUCAGGAUUUGUGCAAGCUUCUUGUGAGAAUGUGGCCUUGAGGAUAAUAAUGGUGUUGUCAACAAAUGUCAAAGUGAACGAGAUGACAGUGGAUCGUAGAAAAUGUACGGCACUUUACGACACUGAUGUGUUCAAACAGGAUACUUGUUUGUUGAAUAUGACAUUAAGAUGUCCACUGGUCUGUAUUCAGAGUAUUUAACUACUUCCAAGAUAAGUAUUUUUUAAAUAUUGAUUUAUUCGAAGUUUCCAAUGAAGAAGGGGGGGGGUGGUUAGUUCUGUUGACCUAGACUCACUGAUCACAGACUGCCCUAGACUCACUGAUCAUAGGCUGCGCCUAUAGACAUAGAGGGGAAAUCACUCACUGUGUUUUGCAUGAAAGCAUAAUUAGACUGUAAGUGUUAAAAAUAUUUUAAGAACAUUUGGACAAAACGUUCAACUGAUGGAAAACAUAAUUAUUUCUAUAGGUUUGAGUGCAAUUGUUUUAGUAAAUGUAGUGAUGUGCAAAGAUGUCACAGUACAGCGAUGUCAUGACUUGAAGAACGUUGCAGUGCUACACCGAUUUACUUUUGCUGUCAUCAAUACGAGACCACUCAUACAAUAGGAAUUAAUUCACUUUUGAUUACUUUAUAACAUUGUAUCAUUGACAAAUAGUCUAUUAUUCUUGGCUGUACGUUUCAUCUCAUGGAUACCAAUACCAGGAGACAAUGGUUCAUCUCCAUUCAACACCAUAUGGUGCAGCAUUGUUGUAGAGGGUCAGUGUAACCCCCUAUACAGACAGGGUCAGUGUAACCCCCUCUACAGACAGGGUCAGUCUAACCCCAACUACAGACAGGGUCAGUGUAACCCCAACUACAGACAGGGUCAGUGUAACCCCAACUACAGACAGGGUCAGUGUAACCCCCACUACAGACAGGGUCAGUGUAACCCCCUCUACAGACAGGGUCAGUCUAACCCCAACUACAGACAGGGUCAGUGUAACCCCCUCUACAGACAGGGCUGACGGGCCACAUUCAUCAUGGAUGCCAGGAUCAGAGACUAUUCUGAUAAUCCUGAGACUAGUAACAAUAUGCAAGGACUACUCGUUUCAAGUUGGGCCACGUUACACAAUGUCUACCCUGGAUGUGCAGGAUCAAGUUUCAAAUGAUACAAAGAUGUUGAUGAUCAGUGACUUCGCCGUGAAAUGGCUAAUUUGACAUUAUCUAUUUUCAAUGAAGACUUUAGUUGAAUGAAAGGCUGAAAAGUGUGAGUGAGGAAUAAUACUUCCAAUAAUUUUUGCUUCCUGUCUCUGUUUGAUAAAUACAUCCGAGGUGUGUAUUUAAGUGCAUCACAAAGAUGUGAAGACCUACUGUUUUUAUUAGCAGUGCUUGUACUCAGAGAACUCUAGCUUGUACUAAUCCUUGACAGUGUUCAGUUGAGUGCACUUGAACUUGUGGAAAUGAAUGCAUGAUAUUUCCAGUCCAUCAUUGCCCUAAAAGGCAUUAAUUAAAGUCAUACAAAGAAGUUGUCGCAUCCUCAGACAUGUUGUGCAUUGCCUGUUUUCAACUGGGGCUCCGAGUUGUGAGGUUACAGAUUCAGGAUGGGGUGAAACGCCACUGGCCAGGUCUGUGUUGUCAAAAGUAACCAUGAAAAUGUCAUGCGAGUUAAAAUCAAGUAAUCAGUACAUGACAGUAAAGUGUGUGUUUUAUGUUGUUCUUUAACGCCACACUCAGCAAUAUUCCAGCUAUAUGAUGGUGGCCUGUAAUGAUCGAGUUUGAACCAGACAAUCCAGUGAUUGAUAUUGUGAGCAACAAUCCACUCCAUCAACCAAGUCCUGACAAUGCGAUCAACAAUCACCCAGCUGAAGACCAAUUGAAUCCCCACGGUAACCCAGUAAAGUACUAUCAUGAGUCUAAAGAGCUCAAGUCCGAUGAAAUGAAUAUCCGUGUAUAUAGGGAACAGUUCAGCACUUUCCACAGCCAAUGUGUGUCUUUAGAUGGUAUGGAACGGUGUUGGCAGGGAAAAGCUGUAAUAUUGCUGUUCAAAACAUUGUCUCAUGGUGGCUUAGUGUCAAUAUGCAAGACACGACAGUCACAGCCAAAUCUGAAAUGAGGUUUGAGAAAAUGAACGUCUAAAAGUAAGAAUACCAAAUACUUCUGUUCCAAUUGUUUUGUAGUAAAAUGUUGAGACUGUCUUUGUAACCAUAAUAAUAUUCAUCACCUUGUUUAUCAUAUACACCAGUUUAUUGUUAAUAAAAACCUUCCGAAUCAU